ACAAAGAUAUAUUCAUAUACAGUCCGCUUGUUAUGAGUCCAUAGCUAGGAGUUUCCCAUACUCCCUCCGCACUUCUCUUCACCUCUCAUCCACGCGGGACCGGACUCAUAGCGCGUCUUGAUUGUACAUAUAUUUCAAUCGGCACUUGUAGUAUAGCGUCUAUAUUUCUUUAUGUGCACCUAAUUAAGUUUGACGGAUUGCGUUUAAGCCAAAUUGAAAAGAGGAUCUGUCAUACAGUGAAAAACUAUUUAAGAUUUAACUAUAAAUUUUAUAUGUGUUGAUUUUUAACAUAAUAAACCUGUAAGCAAUCGACUACAGUGAGCUUGCUUAUGUGAAAUCGGGCGGGAAAAACGCAGCAUGCUGCUAUUAUGAAGUAUAACAUUGACUUGAAACGUGACACCGAAAAAAUCGAUAUUUGUGGUGGUGGGAAAACAACUGAAUAUUUAAGGUUAUUAUGUAUCGAGUCAGCAUCAAUAAAUGGACAACGGGCUUGUGUACAAUUAAGUGAAAAAGGAUUAAACAUUUCUGUCGAAUAUUUUAUAUUUUUUAUUUUCAAGUCAAGUGAAUACCGUGUGCUCAGGGUUAAUUAUUUAAAUUAAUAAUUACAUUAAUUAUUUAACAGAAAUUGCUGCAUUUUUUUUUUGUAAAAAAAUGGCUAACAGUCCCUCAGUCUAUAAAUAUAAAUUAGUGGUUUUUUUAAGUGAAAAAAAAUCUGCAAAAGAAAUCAUUGACAUAGUUCCGAAUGAUUGGAUUUAUGCGGAUGGUGAAUCCGAUUAUUUAAUGUGUAAGUUUAUGCCGGAAGAAAUAUAUAAUGAAGAUAAUUUGAAAUUACUCAAUGACAUGGUCAGAGAAUGUGCUAAGCCCUGUGAUGACUGGCCGUCUUAUCCUAUUGACAUCCGUGGACGAGCACGUUCGUAUGAAGAAGCUGAAAAACUCAUGGACAAAUUACAAUACCAAACUUACGCAUAUUCAACAGAUAACGAAAAGAGAGCUAAAAAGAAAGCUGAAAAAGACAAAGAACUUUUUAAAUUAAAAAAAUUAUCUCCUAAUAAAAUGAAUAGACUGCUUAAUGAUGCGACCUUGAAUUUGAGUGAUGGGCACCGAUCCAACUCAGGUAAAUAACAAAUAAAUUUUUUUGUACUUAUAGUGAAUGUACUUUUUGAAUAAAUUGCAUGAUUUUCCAAUUACUAUACGUUAAUCUGUAUACUUUUAUCAAGUAGAAGUUAAUCUACAACUUUUUGAGAAUAAGUUUGGAAAAAAGCAGUGAGAGUGAAUAUUCGCCCGAUGGCACGGGGCAGCACGGGGCACGGUGGCACGGUGGCACGGGGUAAAUGGUCAUUUUUGCCAUUUCUUCGCGCAUGCGCACGGGUAAAUUACCGUUUGCUCCGAAAUCUGACCGUACCCGUGCUGUCAUAUUUGACGGACUUGGCGGCCCUUUUACG